AUGGUGGCGUUCAGCAUACCCAGUUGGUUCCGAAUAAUCCUGUUGGUUUUAACGAUUGUGUCCUUCUUACCGCAAUACUACCGCAUCAUCAAGCGAGCGGAUUGCUCCGGCAUCUCGUUGACCUACGCCCUGUUGAACGCCGCAGCAUUCACCGAGCAGAUUGCCAUUGCCCUCUUCGGCGUCUUGAGAUUCGACUCUGAUCUCUAUCGGCCUCCUGGCGUCAAUGGAUGGGUGGACUUCGCGCAGUGUGCGCUUGCAUGUGUUUGCUCCCUAGGCAUCUUCGCCGCAGUCCUGAACCUGCAGCCUGAGCGACGGGGCGCCAGAGCGGCCUCUUUCGUCAUCUACGUCGUAUACGUGGUGAUAUUCGUUGGCCCGGUCAUCCUCCUCGCCACUGCCGGGCCGUGGAAGGCCGACGAGGGCAUGAAGGGCGGCGACAUCCUCGUCGGGCUUGUCCACGGCAUCCACACGGUCUUCGUGGACCCGAUACUGACCAUCUUGGGCCUCGGGGCAGCGGUGUGGGCGCAAGCCCUGGAGACGUCACGGCGGUCAUCCUCUCCCGGCGCGUUGAGCGUUCCCGGGCUCGGAGCGCAGGCGGUCGCGUUUGCGCUCCUGGCCAUUUGCUGGCCGUGGAGAUUCGACCACGGGAACUCAUCAGGCAGGGACGUCCUGUACUGGUACAGGUUUUUCGGGUGGACUUAUAUACAUAAUGCCCUCUACGCGGUUGGCCAGGCGGUUCUCUGGUGGGUAGCGGCGCGUCGCGCGGCUAUUGGUGCAAAUGGCGAUCUGACGAUAUUGCCGGAGACUGAGCCACUGCUCCGCAGCCAGGCCACGAUGGGGGAGCCAUUGAACGAGUCGCGAUGA